CAAGGGUGCCAUUUUCGGCGCGGAUCCCUCUCAGCUUCCCACCGCUACCGCUCUUUCCCUUCACAAGCGAGCACUGGCGCAUGUCCCCUCCACGCGCAUCCCGCCGCCGCCCCCUACCUCCACAAGCUAGCACCAGCAUGGAUCCGCCUCCCCUCUGCGCGCAUCCCGCCGCCGCCGUACCUACCUCCACAAUCUAGCGCCGGUGCGGAUCCGUGGACACCGCCCCUACCUCCACAAGCUGGCGCCGCCGUGGAUCCGCCUCCCCUCCGCGCGCGCAUCCCGCCGUCGCCGCCGUCCCCUACCUCCACAAGCUGGUGCCGCGUGCGGAUCCGCCUCUCCUCCGCGCGGGUUCCUUGCCGACACGAGCGAGACAAAGAGAGAGAGAGAGAGAGAGACGAGCGCCAUCGCUGCUCGGCACGCGAGACAGAGAGAGAGACGAGCGCCACCGCCACUCAGCACGCGAGACAAAGAAAGAGAGAGACGAGCGCCGCCGCCGCAACUCGCCGGCACGCGAGACGGAGAGAGCGAGAGAAACGGGUGUGGAUAGGGUUAGGGAUGGAUAGGGUUUCCUUGAGGGUAGUUUGGGCAUUAUGAUUUUUAAUUAUAUUUCUUUCUUUUUUUAACUCAAACCUUAACGUUGUAAUGAAAACAGGGUCAGACGGAUCGUUUGUUUUCGUAAAGUAGGAUCAAACAAGCAAACUCAAAAAAAAAAGGGUCAAAUUGGUAGUUAGCCUUCAGAAUGGGGCCAAAUAAGCAAUCGUCCUUUCAAGGGAAACAUAGGUGGUGUGGUGGUGGAGUCGUAAAUGCAUGACUAAGUGUUAUCUUAAAAAAGAAUAUUUAUUUUGGGCCCCUCAAACAAACCACCAACGAUCCCGAAUCGUGGUGCUUUGAUUCCGCACCACGUUGCACUGCACACAGACCUAAAACCCCGGGGACUGACAGGACGGCCCCACUCGUCAUCGUGUCGCUCCCCACGGCGAGAACGCAACAAGCGUGUGUGCGCUUCGCCAUAUGAGGUCAGCUCAGGCCACGGCGCCCUCGCCUCGCUAGUUCUUGGACCUGCUGUUUCGCGUGCGUUUUAGCGAACUGCUAGAGAGAGAUGGGGCGCGGCGGCGGCGAGGGGUCGGAGGAGAGGGAGAGGGAGAGGGAGUGGGAGGAGGCGGCGGAGGCGGUGGCGUACGACUCCUGCACCUGGCCGCCGCCGGUGGUGGCGGUGUGCGGCCCCGGGAACAGCGGCAAGUCCGCCUUCUCCCGCCUCCUCCUCAACACCCUCGUGGGGAGGUAUAAGAAGGUGGCCUACCUGGAUACUGAUGUUGGCCAACCAGAGUUCACACCUCCUGGGUUUGUAUCGAUUCAUGUACUUGAGGAACAGGCUGAAGAUUUUAAAAUGUUGUACCUGCGGACACCAAAGAGGUGCUUCUUUUUCGGUGAUUGCUCUGCAAAGAAGAAUCCAAAACUUCUCUUGAGCUACAUAUUUAGCCUUUAUGAUUAUUUCCUCAAAGAACUCUAUCGCUUUGAAGACACCGAUAACCCUAACAAAUCAGCAAUACCACUUGUUAUUAACACUUCUGGAUGGGUGAAAGGUACUGGCCUGCAUAUGCUGACUGAGAUGUUGAAAUAUGCAUCUCCAACUCAUGUUAUUCGGCUAAGAACAUCAGUAGAGGGAAAAAAUUUACCUGCUGGGAUGUUUUGGUUAGAUGAACCUGAAGGAGACCCGGCCAUUAAUUUAGUUGAAAUUCGUGCUGCACAACACUCUCCUCGUCAUCUAUUAAUAAAGAAAGAGGCAAGGAUCAUUCGUGAUCUAAGGAUAAUUGCAUACUUCAGGCAGUGCUUACCCAUGGAGUUUCCUGUUUUCUCUUACAAUGAUUUAAUUCAAGGCUUUGCUUCUAUUGAACCGUUUCAGCUUCCUUUGUCAAAACUUCAGGUUAUUGAUCUGCACAGCCAGGUGUCUGAUUAUACAGUGCAUCACUUCUUGAAAGGUACUAUUGUUGGCAUUGCAACAAGUGCAUCUGUAGCUUUGUCAAAUCAGUGUUCCACACCUUGUUGCAUUGGACUAGGUUUCAUCAAAGCCAUAGAUGUUUCACGAGAUUGUAUUCAUUUGAUCACUCCUGUUUCUCGUCAGCUUUUGGAAAAUGCCGAUAUCUUUUUCUGCAGUAGUUUUACAGUCCCUACAUGUCUGCUCCAGGUGGUAUCUGAUACUGCAAGUGAUAUAGCGGACAGGCUAAGGGAGCUCAAUUGUCAUGGAUAAACAAAAUACAGCAAAAAUCGGACCUGUAGCGUGUACUGACCCUGAACCUCGUAAUAUAUUAGCUGCCAAACUGGCCCUGGAUGACUUCUGAUAGUUCCAAUGGAUGAUGCAUAAUACUGUACCUAUAAUUAAGUUAUGAACAUUUAUGGUUAAUGUAUUUAGCUCGAUUAAGCUAUAGUUGUACGCCGAUAUACUCUACACCUAACUCAAUUGAUACUACUAGUUCUCUAUAGUAUAUCAACAUUUUAAUUAGA